AUGCGCAGUCCCAGCCCGAACGCCCACUCAUCGAUGGCGGCCGGGCGGGGCAACUGCACAGACCACGGCGUGGCACGCCGAGGCACCGAUCGGGGUUCUGACACUGAGUUUUCAAUAACACUGAACAGAAAAGAUGCUCUCACAGAAGAUCAGAAGACUUUAGCUUCAUAUGGGAUUGUUUCUGGUGAUUUGAUAUGCUUGUUACUAGAAGAAGCAGAUGGACAACCCAGCCUACCUCCUCUUCCUCCUCCUGCUCCUGCCCUGCUUGAGAAUGGUCAUGAGCCGUCCACCUUGAUCCCCAACAAAAAUCAGGCCAACAGUCCAAUAGAAGAAGGUCGGAAUGAGCAAUCUGACAACCAGAAAGCUCUGGUCACAGUUCACAAGAGUGACGAGAGGGCAGGAUCCAGCCUAGAAUUUCCUUCUGAAUUAGUCCCAGAAGAUGUUGACCUGGAAGAAGGUACAGGUUCCUAUCCCUCCGAACCCAUGCUGUGCAGUGAAGCCGCUGAUGGUGAAAUACCACAUUCCUUAGAGAUGCUCUACCUUUCUGCUGAGUGUACCAGUGCCACUGAUGCCUUGAUCGUUCUAGUACAUCUUCUCAUGAUGGAGACAGGCUAUGUGCCUCAGGGGACAGAAGCCAAGGCAGUGUCUAUGCCAGAGAAAUGGAGAGGGAAUGGUGUUUAUAAGCUACAGUACACGCAUCCUCUUUGUGAAGAAGGUUCUGCUGGUUUAACUUGUGUGCCUUUGGGAGAUCUUGUUGCUAUUAAUGCAACAUUAAAAAUCAACAAAGAGAUAAAAGGCAUUAAGACAAUACACUUAUUGCCAGCAUCCUUCGUUUGCUUUCAGGAGACAGAAAAGGUUGCAGGUGUUUACAAAGACCUUCAGAAAUUAUCUCGUCUCUUUAAAGACCAGCUGGUUUACUCUCUUCUGGCUGCUGCCCGACAAGCUCUGAACUUGCCAGAUGUGUUUGGGUUAGUGGUCCUUCCUCUUGAGCUCAAGCUUCGGAUUUUCAGACUUCUGGAUGUCCGUUCACUCAUCUCUCUCUCUGCUGUUUGCCGUGAUCUUUACGCAGCUUCAAAUGACCAGCUUCUGUGGAGGUUUAUGUAUCUGCGAGAUUUCCGAGAUCCUAUUGCAAGGCCUCGUGACACAGACUGGAAAGAACUAUACAAGAAAAAGUUGAAACAGAAGAAGGAGGCCCUGAGAUGGAGGCAUAUGAUGUUUCUGCCCCCUACACCUCAUCCAAUGCCUUUUCAUCCCAACCCAUUCUAUCCUAAUCCCUUUCCUCCCAACCCAUUCCCAUCAAACCCAAUCUAUCCCCCAAUGAUCAUUGGUGGAGAAUAUGAUGAGAGACCAACACUUCCAUAUGUUGGAGACCCAAUUAACUCACUCAUUCCUGGCCCAGGAGAAGCACCAGGCCAGUUUCCUCCAUUCAGACCACAUUUUGACCCAAUUGGUUCCUUGCCGGGAGCAAACCCUACUCUUCCAGGACGACCUGGUCCCAAUGACAGGUUUCCACCUAGACCCAGCCGGGGCCGCCCCAUGGACAUUCGCCGUGCGUUCAUUUGAUUGCUGCUUUUUCCUUCAGUGAGUUUUCUAGUCCCUAAGCUUGCUUUGUUACUGCAGGAGA